UUAAAGCGUUCGCGUUUCAUAGGUGUCGCUCAUGGGUCGGUGCGUUUCCGGGUCAUUCAUUCAGCUUCGAAGCCUCUCUGUUUUGAAAAGUGCUACAGAAUGACAACUCAGCCGCACAACAAGAAGAAAAUCUGUUACUAUUAUGAUGGUGACAUUGGCAAUUACUAUUAUGGCCAAGGUCAUCCAAUGAAGCCACACAGAAUUAGAAUGACCCACAAUCUCAUCCUUAACUAUGGACUCUACAGGAAAAUGGAAAUAUAUAGACCUCACAAAGCAACUCAAGAAGAAAUGACAAAAUUUCACAGUGAUGACUACAUUAAGUUUUUACGCAGCAUCCGGCCAGACAAUAUGUCGGAUUACAACAAACAGAUGCAGAGAUUUAAUGUAGGAGAGGAUUGUCCAGUGUUUGAUGGGAUGUAUGAAUUCUGUCAGCUCUCAACAGGGGGAUCUGUUGCUGGAGCAGUGAAGCUUAACAAACAGGCAGCAGACAUUGCCAUUAACUGGGCGGGCGGACUUCACCAUGCCAAAAAGUCCGAGGCUUCAGGCUUCUGUUAUGUAAAUGACAUUGUUCUGGCCAUUCUGGAACUUCUCAAGUACCACCAGAGAGUGUUGUACGUGGACAUUGACAUUCACCAUGGCGACGGUGUGGAGGAAGCAUUCUACACCACUGACCGAGUCAUGACAGUCUCAUUUCACAAGUACGGAGAGUACUUCCCAGGAACUGGUGACCUGAGGGACAUUGGAGCAGGCAAGGGUAAAUAUUACGCUGUCAACUUUCCUCUCCGAGACGGGAUUGAUGAUGAGUCAUACGAAUCAAUUUUCAAACCCGUGAUGACCAAAGUUAUGGAGAUGUACCAACCAAGUGCAAUAGUCCUACAGUGUGGAGCGGACUCUCUGUCAGGGGACAGACUGGGAUGUUUUAACCUCACACUCAAAGGUCAUGGGAAGUGUGUGGAGUACAUGAAGAAAUGGAACCUGCCCCUAUUGUUACUGGGAGGGGGAGGGUACACCAUCAGAAACGUGGCCCGGUGCUGGACCUACGAGACCUCCAUAGCUCUGGGAGUGGAGAUUGCCAACGAGUUGCCAUACAAUGACUACUUUGAGUAUUAUGGACCAGACUUCAAGCUACAUAUCAGCCCCUCAAACAUGGCAAAUCAAAACACUGGGGAAUACAUGGACAAAAUCAAAACUCGUCUCUUUGAGAAUUUGAGGAUGUUGCCACAUGCACCUGGUGUUCAAAUGACAGCUAUCCCUGAGGAUGCUUUAAAUGAUGAGAGUGGAGAAGAGGAAGACAAAGAAAAUCCAGAUGAACGGAUUUCAAUCCGAGCCAGUGACAAGCGUGUUACUGGGGAGGGAGAGUACUCGGACAGUGAAGAUGAGGGAGAGGGAGGGAGGAAGGACAGGGCCAACUACAAACCCAAGGCCAAGAGGAUGAAGACAGAAUCAGAGGAGAAGAAGGAGGCAGGGGACAAAGUUGCAAAGAAAGAAGAAAAGGAAGUUAAAAAAGAGGCAGAAAAUAAUAAAGAGGAGACAAAAGCUCCAGAAAAGAGCUCGGAAGAAAAAUCAGAAGCACCUGAGAAAAAAGAAUCCUCGCCAGCCAAGGAAACAGCAGCUGAAAGCAAGGAAUCUAGUGACUCAAACGGGACUCCACAAAAAAUGGAGCAUUAGAAUACCAGAGGUCUCCCAAAGGCUAGCGUUUUAUUGUGACAGAUAAACUAGUACAGAUGAACUGUGUCUCGUUGUCUUUGAAUGCUGGACAAAAGACUCUUCAUCUUGAUCAAGUCCUUAGGACUCAGUUGGUUGAGCAGCUGGAACAUAUUUGUGAAUCUUACCUUCAUCAUGCAUCAUUACACAUACCAUCAUCACAUGAAGUUUUUACUCUUGGUAUAAAACUGUGGAUUUCUAAACAAUAAAUCACGUCAUCUGAUAAUAUGAAA